UCCCGCUCUUUUCCCCAGUUCCUUUUUUCCGCCGCGUUAGCUGCCAGUAGGAACUUCGCUCUCUCUGUCUUUUUGGAAUCACUGGAAUUUGACUCGGACUGUCUUACGACUUUGCUUUUGGAUCGCCCCUAAAACUGAUUUAAAUUUGGCUUGGACCCUGGACUGUUGACUUCGCGACUUGUCUCCCCUUCGGUGUCUCCUGCCUCGCUCGUUGUCAACCGGACCGUCUGACUGCCUCUUCGGAUCAUGCCAUCGGUGCCUUUCAAAAAGUGCUCCGUGUGUGGGGGUAAGAUUCCCGGCCAGGACCCCCAUUCAGCCUGCCUGUUCUGCUUAGGGGAGACCCACGUCCCAGCCUCCUGUGCCUUGUGCAAGUCCCUUACCCCCCAAGCAAGGAAGAAUAGGGAGACCAGACUAAAGGCCGCGAUCUAUACCAAGGUCUUUACUGCGGGCGCAAUGUCUUCUGUGGGACCCUCGUCCUCCACGGCGGCCCCCCUGCCCACUCUUCCUGAGGCCCCGUCUCAAUCGCCGACGACUCAUGCUGCUGAAGCCCCAACGGAGCCCCAAGAUCCAUCUGAGGAGGUCCCCCGGCCUCUGAAGAAAAAGGACAAGCAUAAGAAGUCCUCCAAGGAAGGCCGGGAUGGCCAAAAGGAUUCGAGCGCCCAGAAGGGGUCCGCCUCGAAGUCCUCUGCCCCGAAGGUGCCCACUUCUUCCACCUCGAAGUCGGGCUCUACCUCGAGGCCGUCAUCUGCUAAAGCUCCGACGCCUUCGGCUGGAGGCAAGUCCAUCACACAGACGGCUACCCCUUCCUCGUCUAAGAGACCUCGCGCCUCUUCUCUAGAUGGGGACCAUCGCUCAUCCAAACGACGUCGGUCCUUGGAGCGCGACCGGGAGGGCUCUCCUCGCGUCUCUUCUGACAUAAUUCAUAGCCGCUCGGACACCGACCGUAGGCCGUCGGACCCCGACUCUCGCCCAUCAGACCCACGCCUGGCAAAAAAGAAGACUCCAUCUUCCAGGCCCCACGACACCUCCACCAGCCGUCUCGAUCGCCCUCUGGAUCUGACGUCAGACUUUAGGCCUUUACCUACCUUCCGCCACGCCUCGGAUGAGGCCACCCAGCUCCUGGCCGAACCUGCUUCCCCGACUGGUUCUUGGGACGGUCGCCGUUCCCCCACCCCGAUGCUCACCCGUCCGCGUCGAGUUGUCUCACCAUCUCCUCCUAGGGAACCGGAGCCUGAAUAUUACUUCGACUCCGAGACCGGCAGGUACUACAAAUUAGUUCCCCAGGAAGAUGUUGACGCCUUUCUCGAACACCGAGACCGUAGGACAAGACCGAGAGCCUCCUCUAGACCUUCCAGGGUAUCGGCGUUUUCGCCCCGUCGGACUGAAGCCUUGACCGAACCCGAGCUAGUCAACCUCGAAUCAGAAGAAGAGGCUCCUUCUCACGCCCGCUACCGUCCCAGGGAUGAUUCACUUUCAUCUCGAGACGAUGAUUAUCAAUCAGUCAACCAGGAGUUUGCUCAGCCCGGCGCAGUUUCUCCAUCUGAUGACGUCCGGACCUUUACGGAGCAUGUCAUUAAAAUGACUAAUGCCCUGGAUAUCAAGACCGCCCAGACGGAAGAGGAAGCGUCGGACCCCAUUGAAAGGCGGGUCCACGGUAGGAUUCCUACUCCACCGGCUAUACCUCUCCUUCCAUCUCUGGAGAAGCUGGCCAGGCGAUCUUGGGAAGCCCCGGCGUCGACUGCGUCCAGCAAUAGGAAAGUCGAGUCCCUCUAUAGAAUCGCACCAGCUAAUCCAUCAUGGCUGUUUAGUCAUCCUAAGCAGAAUUCAGCGAUCGUAGAAGGCUCACAACGUUCUUCCACACCGAAAGCCUCCUUGAUGCCAUCCGACAAGGAGGCGAAGAAGAUCGACGCCUUGGCUAAGAAGGCCUACUUCUCUUCAGCUUUGGGCAUGAGGGUGGCAAACUAUAAUGCUUGUAUGGGCGCCUAUAUCCAGUGGCUCAUGGAAAAGGUUUCUCCCCUGAUCCCAGAUUUGCCCGACGACUCCCAAAACAUCCUGUCGGAGGUCCGGGACGAAGCCCACUCGAUUGGAGGAUGGCUCAUCACCUCAGCCAGACACUCCACCGACUGCUCUGCAAAAUCCAUGGCGGCGGCCAUCGCUCUCCGCAGACAUGCAUGGCUAAGGUCCUCAGACCUGAAUCAAAAUGCUCGCUCGACUAUCGAGGAUAUGCCUUUUGAUGAGGACGGCCUCUUUCAUCGUGAGACCGACGAAAAACUCAAUUUCAAGUACAGGAUGAGGACCGUAGCCAAAAAACAUGCAAGACCUGUGGUUUGCAACGAUCGACCUGAAGGACGCUUACUUCCAUGUCAGCAUCCGAGAGUCUCACCGCAGAUUCUUGGCGUUCGCCGUCGGGACGGACACAUACAAGUACAACGUUCUUCCCUUCGGCCUGUCCACAGCUCCUCGCAUCUUCACCAAGUGCAUGGCGCCGGUGGUUUCAUACCUGCACUGCCGCGGCAUGAGGGUCUUUCCUUACUUGGACGACUGGCUUUUCGUGGCCCCGUCCCGCCAAGAACUGCAGCGACACACUGCAGAGGCUCUCGAACUUCUACGGGACCUGGGACUGGUGGUCAAUCUCAAAAAAUCCCAACUGCUCCCCACCAGACGAAUAAGAUUCAUCGGCUCCAUCCUCGACUCAAUCAGUUGCACAGCUUACCUACCUCCAGAUCGCUUCCAGGCCCUGGUUCGAGCUGUCAGCCGGUGCACCGCCCGAAGGCGUAUUCCAGCCAGGGACAUCCAGGUGGCCUUGGGCCACAUGGCAUCGACGACUUUCGUCACCCCCUGGGCAAGGCUUCGAUCUCGUCCACUGCAGUCUUGGUUCCUGUCGGCCUUCGACCUCGAGAGGGACCCUCCAUCCCGCAGACUCACCGUACCAAGAUCAGUCACACGCUCCCUCCGGUGGUGGCUCGACUGCCAGAACGUCUGCGGCGGCAUGCCUUUUUUGCCACCCCAACCACAGUUGGUGUUGACCACGGACGCAUCGGAAGAAGGAUGGGGAGCUCACACCCUAGACUUGUGGGCCAAGGGCGUCUGGUCGCAAGACGAAAGGGCGCUCCACAUCAACGCGUUAGAACUCUUGGCGGUGGAAAAAGCCCUAAAGGCCUUCGAGUCCUCCUUGUCGGGAAAGGUAGUCCAACUCAGGACAGACAACACCACGGUGAUGUACUACCUGAACAAACAAGGAGGCACAAGGUCGCGCACCCUCCUCGACAUCACGCUCCGACUAUGGGACUGGUGCAUUGCCCGAGACGUUUUGCUCCAAGCGGUACACCUACCGGGCACUCAAAACUUUCAUGCAGACCUGCUCAGCAGGUCCCCAUCGUCUUGUCACGAGUGGAGGCUCCACCCGGACACCGUACACGACCUCUUUGCUCGGUGGGGAACCCCACAGAUAGACCUGUUCGCGACCGUGUACAACUCACAUUGUCCCCAGUUCUGCUCCCGGAUGCCAGACGACAGCUCCCUCGGAGAUGCAUUCGGGUUCCAGUGGUCGGGAGUAGCGCUAUACGCCUUCCCCCCCUUCCCGCUGAUUACCAGGACGGUUUCCAAAAUGACUUUGGAUGCAGCCGACGCGAUCCUGAUCACGCCUUGGUGGCCGGGACAACCGUGGUUUCCUUGCCUGCUUCACCUAUCCCGAGCCAACUUUCUCCGACUCGAGCCCAGGCCGGAUCUCCUCACGGUUCAGGGAGGACGGGUUCGACACCCGGACAUCGAGACCCUACCCCUGGUGGCAUGGAGGAUCCAUCCCUAGCUCGACUACCGACCUCGGUACGGGAUGUCAUACUGGCUGCUCGGAAACCGGCCACCCAGAAAUCCUACAGGUUAAAGUGCAACAGAUUCCUGCGGUUCCUGUCUGACAAACACCUUAACAUAGCUCAGGUAACUACACCGGUGGUCCUGGAAUUCCUGAUGUCCCUCAUUGAUGCGGGCCUUUGCCUUACCUCAGUGAAAUGCUACCUGUCCGCGAUCUGCUCGUCUUUUCAUUUCGAUGGCAAGCCUUCUUUCUUUAAGGACCCCCUUGUCAAACAGUUUUUGAGGGGAUGCAACAACCUAUUCCCUCAAGCGUCCCUACCGCCUCCGGCUUGGAGCCUCGAGACGGUGUUGGGGGCUCUACAAUCUAAACCCUUCGAACCCUUAGCCACCACAGAUAUUAGAUUGUUGACUUGGAAAACGGUGUUCUUGGUGGCUAUCACGUCUGCCCGCCGUGCGGGUGAACUUUGCGCUUUACGUCGGGACGAGCCUUUCCUUAGGUUCCACUUGGACAAGGUGGUCCUCAGGACAGAUAUUACUUUUUUACCUAAAGUGGUUUCUGCCUUCCAUAUGUGCCAGGACAUUGUUCUACCUACCCUGGCCCCGAACCCGACCACCGAUGUUGAGCGGGCCCUCCAUACCCUGGACGUUCGUAGGGCCCUGGCCUUCUAUCUGGACAGAACUAAGGACUCGAGCCGCUCUGAGAGACUGUUCCAGUGUUACUCUACACCUAAAAAGGGACUACCGGUGUCGGCUCAGAGACUCUCUAAAUGGGUUUCUAAGACUGUCGCCCUAUCCUAUGAACUCUUGGGUAAACCCUGCCCAGGCAGAGUUCGCUCUCAUGCAACAAGGGCGAUAGCAGCUUCUUCUGCCUUCCUGUCGGGCAUCCCUUUAGAGGACAUUUGCAAGGCUGCCGUGUGGUCUCAACCUUUAAGUUUUAUUAGACACUAUAGGUUGGAUACAAGAGCCAAAAGGGAUGCAGCUUUUGGGAGGGCUGUGUUGCUAUCAGGACUACGCUAAAUAAGACACUGUGUUACCUGAUACUCUAAACCUUUUACUCUCCAAGGUCUCUUUGAUGAAUGUAUUGGAGGUCCUCGUUUGGAUCGGUUUUUCUGAGGUGGGAUUUUAUUCCAAGUUAUAAAGGAAACAAUUUCUCAUAUACUGUUGUUCAGUUAUCUUUAUUUAUUAUUGAUAAUAUGUUUCUCAGUUAUCAUGACACUCCCGCCUCCACUGACCUUAGCUUGCCAGUCUCAACCCAUUUGUAUGAUUCGCAGAGACCACGAAGAAGAAGGACAGGUUGCUUACCUGUAACUGUGUUUCUUCGAGUGGUCAUCUGCGAAUACAUACAAAUCCCGCCCAUCCUCCCCUCAGUGUCCUGCUCACAUUGGCUUAUUCUCUUGUCGCCUUCACGGCGGAAAAAGUGCGGAACUGGGGAAAAGAGCGGGAACCGAGGUUUUAUAGGGGAUGGGCGGGGUUACCGCCAAAAAGUUUCAACAUGUUGCAAAGUGUACUUUGCCUAGUGAUUCCAGAAGUUUCCG